AUGUUGCUGAUUAGGUGCAUUAUGGGGAGUUUGCGAGCGAUUUGGAGGCAUCCUGAUGACUUGUAUCCGAUGGUAAAGCUGAAACUGGCGGCGAGGAGCGCGGUGAAGCAGAUCCCGGCGGAGCCUCACUGGAGAUUUUGUUACUCGAUGCUUCAUAAAGUUUCUAGAAGUUUCGGCCUCGUUAUCCAGCAGCUUGAUACUGAUCUUCGUGAUGCCGUUUGCAUUUUCUAUUUGGUUCUUCGAGCACUUGACACUGUUGAGGAUGAUACAAGCAUCGCGGCAGAUGUCAAAGUACCCAUUCUGAUGUCUUUCCAUAAUCACAUAUAUGACCGUGAAUGGCAUUUUUCAUGUGGUACAAAGGACUACAAAGUUCUAAUGGAUGAGUUUCAUCAUGUUUCCACUGCUUUCCUGGAACUCGGACGCGGUUAUCAGGAGGCAAUUGAGGAUAUUACCAUGAGAAUGGGUGCUGGAAUGGCAAAAUUUAUCUGCAAGGAGGUGGAAACAAUUGAUGAUUACGAUGAAUACUGUCACUAUGUAGCUGGACUCGUAGGAUUAGGGUUGUCCAAGCUAUUCCACGCUUCUGGGAAGGAAGAUCUUGCAUCAGAUGCCCUCUCCAAUUCCAUGGGUUUGUUCCUUCAGAAAACCAACAUUAUUAGAGAUUAUCUGGAGGAUAUUAAUGAGAUACCAAAGUCACGCAUGUUCUGGCCUCGUGAAAUUUGGAGUAAAUAUGUCAACAAGCUUGAGGACUUGAAAUAUGAGGAAAACUCAGUUAAGGCUGUGCAAUGCCUAAACGACAUGGUCACAAAUGCUUUGGUGCAUGUAGAAGACUGCCUGAAAUACAUGUCUGCUCUGAGAGACCCAGCUAUCUCUCGCUUUUGUGCGAUUCCCCAGAUAAUGGCAAUUGGCACGUUAGCUUUGUGCUACAACAAUAUUGAAGUCUUCAGAGGUGUUGUGAAAAUGAGACGAGGUCUUACUGCAAAAGUUAUUGACAGAACUAAAACUAUGGGUGAUGUCUAUGGAGCUUUCUAUGACUUCUCUCGUAUGAUGAAAUCUAAGGUUGAUGACAAAUGUCCUAAUGCUAGAAAGACUAAAGACAGAUUAGAAGUGAUCUUGAGAAUUUGCAGGGAUUCUGGAACCUUAAACCAAAGGAAAUCUUACAUUAUCCAGAGCAAACCUCAAUACGAUCCAGCUUUGAUUGCGGUCCUGGUCAUCAUAGUAGCCGUUCUUCUGGCAUACUUAUCUGCAAGUCGACUGUCUAAUAUUUGAUUGGUUUUGUGCGGACUCUUAGUGAAAUUUUACAUAUUUUUGAACAUAGGAGUGAACUCCAAUUGUAAUUGUGACCAUAUUUCUGUGGUGAUAUUUAUUAUUAUUAGAUUUGCCAAGUUAUUUUUCUGGUUGUGUGAAUCCGAUAUAUUGUAAAGCCUACUGCCCAUUUAUUUUUAUACUAGUUACAUGAAGAUAUUUCAUUUUAAUUUGUUUCAAUAAAUGGUUGAGUGAUUUCUAUUAGUAGCUACAUAGGAUAUUACUUUGGGUUUUACUGAUGGGUUGAUCGGAUUUUUUUAAGCAUUCACUAUACAGAGUUUUCAAGCGUGUCAAUUUUGGUGCGUUGUAUUCUAUCCACGUAUAUUCCGACUUAUAC